UAAUAGUAUUACGAAACCCGAAGCACAUGGCCGAGGUGAGCCAGAGCAAGGCAGCUGCGGUGGCGGCGACCGAGGAGGUCGUGGUCGGGAAGGUGGCGCUGACGCCGACGGACGAGGUGGUUAAGCAACUGGAUGUGGUACCUGCUCCGGAGGUUGUGAAAGGGCCAAAGAAGGUGGCAUUACUAUCGGCACUGGCCGCCGAGGCGGCGGCUGAGGCGGAGGAGAAGCGGGCAUGUGGCGCGGAGAAGGAGGCCGCGGAGAAGGCUGCCUCCGUCUUCCAGGCCGUCUCCUUCAAGGAGGAGAGCAGCCUCGUUGCUGACCUCGAGGACCACGAGAAGAAGGCCCUCGAUGAGAUGAAGCAACUCGUACGGGCCGCCCUCGCCAGCCGCGAGUUCUCUUCCGCUCCGCCUCCACCAGCUGCCUCAUUGGCCAAGGAGGCAAAGCUCGAGGAGCCGCCCGCAUCUACCCUUGUGGAAGCGCCGCCGAAGCCCGCGACCGAGACGCCGGCUCCACCGAGCAGGCAGGCGGAGGACGACGAGGCCCCGGAACAGCAAUCGGCGGCGGAUAAGAAUACUGUCACGGCGAACGAGGAUGGGGCCAAGACGCUGGAAGCCAUAGAGGAAACCGUGGUCUCCGUCGCCGCCACUCCUCCACCCGAGGAGGCCAUGACUCCAGUGGCUGCUGAGGAGGAAGCGGAGAAGACCGAUGCCGCCGCCGCGGCGUCGGCCGCGAAGGAGGUCCUCAUCUGGGGCAUCCCACUUCUGGUCGACGAGAGGAGCGACACUGUGCUCAUCAAGUUCCUCCGUGCGAGGGACUUCAAGGCGAAGGAAGCCAUGGCCAUGCUAAAGAACGCCGUGCUCUGGAGGGAGGAGUUCGGCAUCGAGGCCCUCCUAUCGGAGGACCUCGGCGUCCCGGAGCUGGAAAGGGCGGUGUUCAUGCACGGCGCCGACAGAGCCGGCCACCCCGUGUGCUACAACGUCUACGGGGAACUCCAAAGCAAGGAGCUCUACGCGCUGGCUUUCGCUGACGAGAAGAAGAAGAAGCGGUUCUUGAGGUGGAGGAUCCAGUUCCUGGAGAAGGGCAUCCGGAAUCUGCUGGACUUCACUCCAGGCGGAAUCUCGACGAUGGUGCAGGUCGCUGAUCUCAAGAACUCGACCGGCCCGGCCAAGGAACUCCGCCAUGCCUUCGCUCUGCUCCAAGAUAACUACCCGGAGUUCGUCGCCAUGCAGAUAUUCAUCAAUGUUCCAUGGUGGUAUUUGGCCUUCAAUCGGAUGAUGAGCCCCUUCUUCACGCAGAGAACCCGGAGCAAGUUCGUCUUCGCAAGGCCCUCAAACACAGCCGAGACGCUCUCCAAAUACAUUGCUCCCGAGCAAGUCCCGGUUCGAUAUGGCGGCCUGAGCAAGGAGAAUGACCCAGACUUCACCUCUUCUGAUGCUGUUACAGAGAUCACCAUCAAGCCCUCAAUGAGGCAAGCCAUAGAGAUUCAGGUUACUGAGAAAUGCCUUCUCGUUUGGGAGCUGCGAGUUCUUGGCUGGGAAGUGACGUACGGCGCCGAGUUCGUGCCAAGGUCGGAGAACGGAUACACGGUGAUCGUGCAGAAGGAGAGGAAGUUGGUCGCCGCCGAUGAGCCAGUCCUCAAAGGCAGCUUCAAGAUCGGAGAGGCAGGCAAAAUUGUUCUGACAGUCCAUAACUCUGGCUCCAAAAGGAAGAAGCUUCUCUACAGGUACAAGAUCAAGAGCUCAGCUGAAUCCACCUGAGCUUCCUGGUGAACUGCAACUGAAGAGCUCGAAGAAAGGAAAUGGCUGUGAAGGAUUAGCAACUAAUCCUUCUCAUGGGUUCAAUGAUGUUAGCUCAUACAAAACUUCAUCUUUAACUUUGCCGGUCCAUGUUUUGCCCACUCUGGAGAUUAUGUGCAAGGAGGAGUUCUCAUGCUGCUAAUCCAGCAAAUUAUCUUCAAAGCAUAUGGUUACACUGUUGAAGGCAAAUCUUUGUCUAAUAUGUAGUGUCAGCAUUACAUUGUACUUGGAAAUAUUUGAACUGCUGGUCUCCUCAAUCAUAUAACUUGAAGUAUUCUACU